UUUUUACGCUGCUACAGUACAGAAGUACUAUACGCAAUGUUUCGCGAGCUUGUUAUUUCAUUAGCGGUUCUGGCAGUUGUCUCUGCAGGACGCUUUGAUUAUAAGCCAUAUAUAAACACUCCACCGUUGAAAGAUAUCACAACAUCGGCUGACCGUAUACAAAAACAUGGUUAUCCUGCUGAAUCCCAUUUCGUGGAAACUGAAGAUGGUUAUGUAUUGAACAUGUUUCGAGUUCCAUAUUCUCCUAAACUUAAUAAUGAGAAUGAGCAGAAACCAGUCGUUUUCAUAAUGCAUGGAUUAUUUAGCUGCUCAGAUUGUUUCUUGUUAAAUGGUCCUGAUGAUUCAAUAGUAUAUAAUUUUGCUGAUCAAAAUUAUGAUGUUUGGCUAGGAAAUGCACGUGGCAAUAUCUAUUCAUGCGAAAAUACUAAAGUGUCUAAAAAUAGUCCGAAAUUCUGGGAAUUUAGUUGGCAUGAAAUUGGUAACAUAGAUGUACCGACUAUGAUCGAUUAUAUACUCGAUUUGACAGGUGAAUCUAAAGUGCACUACGUCGGACAUUCACAAGGCACUACUGUAUUCUUUGUUAUGACAUCAACAAGACCAGAAUACAAUGACAAAAUAAAAACGGCACAUAUGUUAGCUCCUCCAAUAUUUAUGGGAAAUGUUACUGAUGGUUUAGUUGUAGGAUUAGCACCUUAUGUAGCUAUACCCGGAUCAGUUGGUGCAGCUCUUUUAGAGAGUCAACAAUUUGUUCCUUAUAAUCCUGUAGUACAACGUAUUUUAGAUACCGGUUGCGGUGAUAAACCCAGAUAUCCAAAAUAUUGUCUGACAUUGUUUCUUAUGUGGGCUGGAGAUGAUCAAGGAAACUUGAAUGCGACUCUACUACCUCAACUCGCCGAAACUCAUCCAGCUGGUAUAGCUACUAACCAAGGUAUACAUUACAUGCAAUCCUACCUAACUAAUGACUUUAGGUACUACGAUUGGGGCGAGAAGAAAAACUUACAGCGCUACAAUCAAAAAACUCCUCCAAAGUAUGACUUAACAAAUAUUGUUGCAAACAUGUAUCUGUACUACGGUUUAGCUGAUGGUUCUGCAAAUGCAGAAGAUGUAAGCCGUCUACCAGAAUACUUGCCAAAUAUAAAAUUCUUCCAUGAAAUUCCUGACCCAACAUGGGGUCAUUUGGACUUCAUAUUUGCUAAUCAAGUUAAAGAAGUCAUCAAUGAUAAAGUAAUAAAUUUCUGUAAUGACUAUGAAAAGGGCGAUGUGUAUUAAAGUAAAUAAAUAAUUAUUUUGAAGUAAUAAA